AUGUUUGAUCCAUAUCAUCCUGUUUGGAGACUUGUAUGGAAAAAUAAUUUUCUUAAGAAAAUCUCAAAUGAAAAAGUUUAUAUUACAAUGGGUUUGAAGAAAAAAAACUUACUGGAUUCUUAUAAUGAAUUUUCUAAAUUUCAUGGAGAAAAUUUUAAAACAUUUGAAGAAACUUUUUAUGCAUGGGCAGAAAUGUAUUUUCCUGAAUAUUUCACUGAAGCAAUAGAUACUCUUAAAAAAGAUACCGCAAAUUCAGAUUAUUUUUUAUCUGGAAUAUCUCGUGAAAUGAUGAAGAAUGUAAAUUUACUUUUUAAAAAAGUUAAAAAUAUGGAUGGAGAAUUUUUGAUUCUUGAGUUGUUAAUGAAUAAUCUUCAAAUUUCAGAUGUAUUAGAAUAUUAUAUAUCUUUAAAUCAAGAUGAAUAUAAAUAUAUUGUUGAUGUAAUUAAAAAACUUUAUGACAAAUUUUCAAAUAUUACUAGACUUUCUAAUGGUGGUUAUAUUAAAUGUCUUAUUUUUUGUGAGCGAUAUAUUAAGAAAAAUCCAGUUACUGUAUGGGAAGAUUUUUUAAAAAUGUUGUUUUUAUUAGAGGAUAAACUUGGAAAUAUUCUUGAUAUUCUUGAUCCUAUUAAAGCAAGUAUUUUUCGUCGAGAAAAAGAAGAUGGUGAUGAUAAAAUUAAAGAACUUAUAUAUUCAUUUGAUAUUAAUAUGUGUAAUCCAGUAAAAUUAGAAAAGUUUCGUAAUCAAUAUGAUUAUGCAGAUUAUUUUUAUAAAAAUGGUCAACCACAAUUUUUAGAAAUUAGAAAUACAUAUAUAUUAAGAAAUUAUCAAGUAGAGUUAAUAAAGUAUGCAAUUAGAGGACAAAAUUCUAUCAUAAUGGCUCCAACAGGAAGUGGAAAAACAUUAUGUGCUGUAGAAAUUAUAAGAUCACAUAUUUUAGAUAACUCUUCAAAUGGAAAAGGAUAUCGAUGUUUAUUUAUUGCACCUACUGGUCCUUUAGUUUUACAACAAUCACAAGUUUUAAAAGCUUAUUUAGGAGAUUUAUAUACAGUAACAAUUUUAAAUAAAAAUUCUUCUGAAGAAGAUGUUUUAUCACAAUUUUUGGCACAUGAUGUAAUUGUUUGUACACCACAAUUAUUUUUAAAUAAUCUUUUAAAUAAUGAUAAAUCAAAACAACUAUAUUUUAGUGAUUUAUCAUUAAUUAUUUUUGAUGAAUGCCAUCAUUGUAACGCUAGUCAUCCUUAUAAACAAAUAAUGAAUUUAUUUCAUGGAGCUAUAGGUGAUUAUCAAAAACCACAAAUUGUUGGAUUAACUGCUUCUAUUGGAACUGGAAAAACAAUAACAUAUGAAGGUUGUUAUAAUUAUUAUCUAGAAAUGGCUGUUAAUCUUCAUGCUAAACGUAUUUGUUCUGUAUACAAAAAUAGAGAUUCAUUAAUUAAAGUUAUGAAACUUCCUGUUGAUGAAAUUAUUGAAAUUGAUGUAGAUCAAAGUUUAUUAUGGAAGAAUUUUAAUGAUACAAUAAAACAUUUAGUGAAUAAUCUUUUAAAAGUUGAUCCUACAAAUAAUCUUAAUGAACAUUUAAAUGAUUAUCCAAUAUCUGAUGUUACAAAACCAGGAUAUUUUUCUAAAAUAUCUAAACUUGCUACUUUUAAAGCAUUUGUUAAAGAUCCAGAAGUUUUUCAAUGGAUUGAUAAUUGUGUUAAGGCAUUUAUACAUAUUAAUCUUGUAAAAGAAGUAUCUCAACUUCUUCCUAUUUCAUAUGUAAAUAUUUAUUGUCAAGAUUAUUUAGAAAAUAUUGAUAGUUACAUGAAACCUUCUGUCUCCAGAGAUGUCAUAUAUAAACAUUUAACUAAUAUGAAAGAUACAAUUACAAAUGUCAUUGGACAAAGUAAGAAUUCAUUUCCACAAUAUACACCUAUAUUUGAAAAGUUACUUGUUAUUUGUAGAGAACAAAUAAAAAGUCUUCCUGAUUCACGUAUUAUAAUAUUUGUUCCAACUCGUUUUAUUGCUGUAACAUUAUGUCAUUCUAUUGAAAGUAUCAAUAAAGUUAAAAAUUUAAAUAUGCAACCAGGAUACAUCAUUGCAAAUGGAAAUACAAGAAUGUUAAAACAAAGUCCAGCUGAACAAAAUAAAACUCUUGAAAAUUUUAGAAAAGGAAAUAUUAAUAUAAUUAUAGCAACAACAAUUGCUGAAGAAGGAUUAGAUAUUGAUGAAUGUAAUCUAGUAAUUAAAUAUAAUAUUGCUGGAAAUGAAAAAACAUUAAUUCAAAGGAGGGGACGUGCACGUGCUCUAAAUGCUAAAUCAAUUCUUUUAACAUGUAAUAAUAAUUACACUUCACAGGAAGUAGCAAAUUUACAAAAAGAAAAAAUUAUGUUUGAAAUUUCUGAAACAAUUAAUUGUAUGUCACAUUCAGCUUUUACAAAAGAGGUGGAAAGAAAAAGAGCUGAAAUGAAAAGUAUUGCAGAUGAAAAAUAUAAAAAUGAAAUUGAGAGAAGAAAAUUAUUAUAUGGAAAAGUUUAUGAUGUAUGUUGCAAGUAUUGUAAAAAAUCAUUAAUAAAAAGUAGCGCUAUUAAACAAUUGGAUGAAAAUUAUAUUGUAUUAGAUGAAAAAAUAUUUAAAAAAACAAUUAUUGACAUAGAAAAAGUACCAAAUCCUGGAUUAAACUUUUCUAGACUUGCAAAUAGUCACUGUAAAAACUGUUAUAAAAAUGAUAUAUCAUCGGCCAAAAUUAAAAUCGGUGAAAUUAUUUAUAUUGAAGAUCAUUUUUACUUUAGAAUUAUUCUUAAAAACAUCUCAUUUUUGAAUGUUAUUGAUGGUGAUACAUAUGAAGAAAGAUCAAGAUGGGAUGGUGUCAAGAAUACUCUUUUCUUAAUACCUAAUGUAACCAUUGGAGAACUUAUUGAUUACAAUUCAAAUUUUGAAAAAAGGGAUAAUAAAACUUAUGUUGCAUUAAUGGAAUGUAAAGAAGAGUUAAAAUUUCAAAACAAUCAUUUAAGAAUUUGGAAGAAGGCAGAAGAAAAAGAAAUCAAAAAUUUAGAAAGAUUUAUGGAAUAA